CAAGAGGCUGUGGGAGGAUGAGCGUCGCUCGUUUAGUGCUCCGCUGAAAUCAUGGAGUGACCUCUCUCUCGUGGCAGGAAAAUGAGAUGUCAAGUGCAAAAUGGCUAAAACGAGAGAGGAAAUAGUGGGCAAGCGAUUUCUGUGCGUGUCCGGGAGUUCUAAGCUGAAGUUAUCGAAAAUCACGGAGUGGGAUUGGCGUGCAGGCGUAAUCCGAGCAUGCACACACACAGACUCCAAACACCACGACCUGCAGGUGUUGGUGGAGUACGAUGACGUGGAGUGGCAGCGUCGGGAGUGGGUGCACGUCUAUCGCGGCCAGGUGUUCCAGAUCUUCCUGCUGGAGCGAACCCUGGCCUGGGCGGCGAGGAAGCACCCCACCAAGCUGCGCGCGCCCCCAGUGCCCUGGCCCGCCCUGGUGUACUUCCCGCUGGUGGAUCAGGUGGGCAUCUCGGAGCACAAGUACCGCCCCGUGGAGUACCUUGGGGACCAUGGCCUCGACUACCACGACUACUCGCAGAUCAAACCAUACCAGGAUGGUGAUCUCGGCUGCGUGGGCGGCGAGGAGUCCCUGCGGGCGCUGCGGGCGUGGCUGGGCGAGCAGGACGGCCAGCGCAUCCUGCUCACCACGCCCUCCGUGCUGGUGGGCUUCCGCGUGCAGGUGUACCGCGCGGAGGGCACGACGCAGUGGUACACGGCGGUCAUCGUGGGCUACAACGAGACCACCAGGGAACUCACGGUGACGGACGACACGGUGUUGGAGGAGCACUCAGAGGACCCGAGCCUCGUCCAGAUCCGCCUCAUAGGGGAAGGAGUGGUGGAGAGCAUCCUGCGCGGGGAGAACGUGGGCAUCACGCCGCGGAGGUCACGCACCGCCACCAACAAUCACCACCAGUCGGGGGUUCGUCACAUCCGGCGGGACGGCGUGUUGCCCGGGCGGGGGAGAAAGAACGCCCUCAGCCGCCCCAGUAACCUCCACCCCAACUCCACCCACACCCUCCCCCCCGCGCCCCCCUCCAACACCACUGCCACCACCACCACUCACUCCACCCCCCACACCACCACCACCACCACCACAGCCAACUCCCUGCAUCACCACCACGACCAUUACCACCCAGCUGUCAUCACCACUGCCACCACCACCACCACCACAGCAUCCCCCUCCACCUACACCCCCUCCACCCUCUCCUCCGCCCCCUCCACCCCCUCCGAUGACCGGGAAAGCCCCCUCCCUGGUGAUGACGAGAGGAAGGUGGAGUUGUCACCACCACCAGUACCUCCACCUCCACCAGUAGCGACCCCCGCCUCACCACCACCAACACCACCAUCACCCUCAUCACCAUCACCACCAAAACAGGAGGAGCUUCAGGCGUCCGAAAAGAGGAGUAAUAAUAACCACCACCAUCAUCACCACUAUCAUCACCACCAUCAUCACCACCACCUCCUACACCCCGAAGAGGAGGAGGUGAAGGAGGAAGGAAGGAAGAGGAGGGAAGGAAGGAAGGAAGGAGGGAAGGAUGUUUCGCUCAGACCCGUUCGCGUUCACCUCCAAACAGUGAAGGAAGUUUCAACACCAGUUUCACCACCACCGUCAUCACCACCACCACCACCACCACCACCGGAGUCACCACCACCACCACCACCACCACAACACCACCAGACGAAAAAGAAGACGCAGGACACCACAGAUAAACAUACACCAUCACCACCAUCAACACCACGGGCAUCACCACCACCUUUAGACCUCCACACGAACUCACCACCAACACCACCACCACACCAAACCACCACCACCACCACCACAGCCGGAGAAGAAGAAAAAGAGGAAGAAGAGGAGGAGGAGGAAGACGAGAACGAGAUCACCACCACCACCACCACCACCACCACCACUAAGGACCAACAACCAUCAUCAUCACCACCGUCAUCACCACCCACCACCACUAACACCAAAGAUCAGCUGUUGAGGAAGUUCAAAUUUCACUUAUCGAAGCAGCUCAAAGUUCAGCUCUCCCGUCAACUCCCACAACACAUCAUCACCACAACACCACCCUCAACACCGCGGAAGAAGAACAGGUCAACUCCAUCAACACCGCCACCACCACCACCACCACAGCAGCGAAGAAGAGCCCAGCAGAGAAGAGGAACAGCGAGACAACAAGCAGUAGAAGAAGAAGGAGGAGGAGGAGUAGGAGGAGGAAGAAGAAGAGGAGGAGGAGGAGGAGGAAGAAGGAAGACAGCGCCCCCCGUGGAUAGGAGGAAGAAGAGGAAGCUAGUCAGAGCACUUCACCCCAAGAGACAAGGUAAGAAAACGUCGCUCUGUCUAAUUAGGAGCCAAAAAGGCGGGUGGCGGCGAGGCAGCAGCACCAGCAGCGGCCGCGCGCCUUGCCUCAGCAGCCUCAGCGUCACCAGUGAAGCCUCGUCAGGGGAGGAGGACACCUGCCCCCCGCCCCCCCCGAGCCCCUUCCCGCCGUCCUCGGCCUCGGCCUCCCUGAGCGGCGAGGACCCCCCCACAUCCUCAUCCUCCUCGUCGUCUUCAUCGUCUUCAUCGUCGUCGUCGUCGUCGUCGUCGUCGUCGUCGGGCAGCGGCCCCUCCACCCCCGACCACCGCCCCCUCCGCCGCACCUUCCGCAGCAGUCGCCUGCGAGCUGACAGUGACGCCGUCUGUCUGUCUUCGUCCUCGUCGUCGUCGUCGUCCUCGUCCUCGGGCAGCAGCACCCCCGAGCCGGAGCUGCCCACGCGCCCGCCCUCCCGCCGCGUCGCCGCCAAGGCCGCGCUCCUCCGCCGCCAGAAGCUCGGCGUCCACGCCCCCACCGGCGGCAAACGAGGCCCGCCCCGCCGCCGCCGCGCCGCACAGGCCUGGCGCAGCCUCUCCCCGCCCCCCCGCGCAGCCCCCUCGCGGCCAGCCCCAGACAAGGAAGAGACCAGCCUCACCACAGACAAGAGCGACAGCAGCCCCACGCGCGGCGCCCCCGACAAAAGUGAUACCAGCCCCGCACGAGGCAGCCCCGACAAGGAAGGGAGCAGCCCCACUCGUGGGUCUGACAAGAGUCCCGUCAGCCUCCUGCGAGGAUCCCAAGGCAAAGAUAGUGACAGCUCCGCCUCCGGCCCUGACAAGAGUCGCGUCAGCCCCCUACGAGGCUCCCAAGAGAAGGACACUAACACCCCCGCCCGCGGAGCCCCCACCAAGAGGGACAGCAGCCCCGACAAAGAUACUGACAGCCCCGCACGCAGACCCAACAAGAGUCGCGUCAGCCCCCUACGAGGCAGCCCCGACAAAGAUACUGAUAGUCCCGCACGCAGACCCAACAAGAGUCGCGUCAGCCCCCUACGAGGCAGCCCCGACAAAGAUACUGACAGUCCCGCACGCAGACCCAACAAGAGUCGCGUCAGCCCUCUACGAGGCAGCCCCGACAGUCCCGCACGUAGACCCAACAAGAGCCGCGUCAGCCCCCUACGAGGCAGUCCCGACAAAGAUACUGACAGCCCCGCGCGCAGACCCUACAAGAGCCGCGUCAGCCCCCUACGAGGCUGCCCCGACAAAGAUACUGAUAGCCCCUCGCGCAGAGUCAACAAAAGCCGCGUCAGCCCCUUACGAGGUAGCCCCGACAAAGACCGAAAGAGCACCACAAGCGGAGCCGCCAACAAAAGUGAUAUCAGCCCCCUACGUGUCAGCCCCGACAAGGACAGCAGCAGCCUCACGCGCGGAGCCUCUAAUAAGAGUGACAGCAACCCCUUGCAAGGCACCGCUGACAAGCACAGCAACAACCUCACACGCGGAUCUCCUGAUAAGACUUGCACCAGCCCCACGCGCGUAGUCCCUAACAAGAGGUGCGUCAGCCCCUUACGAGUCAGUCCCGCGCGCGUAAUCCCUAAUAAGAGGUGCGUCAGCCCCCAAAAAGAAGGGACUGAAUUCGCGUCGAUCAAGAGCGGCGGCCCCUUAGCAGACAGCCCUCUCAAGGCCAAGGACAGCAGCAGCCCCGUCCGCGACGUCCCCGACAAGGGUGGAGGCAGCCCCAAGCCUUGUGCUCCGGCCAGCAGCAGCAGCAGCCCCAAACCUUGUGCUCCGGCCAGCAGCAGCAGCAGCAGCCCCAAGCCUUGUGCUCCGGCCAGCAGCAGCCCCAAGCCUUGUGCUCCGGCCAGCAGCAGUAGCAGCCCCAAGCCUUGUGCUCCGGCCAGCAGCAGCAGCCCCAAGCCUGGCAGCCCUGAUAAGGCAGAUCCCAGCCCCACGCUAGACUGCCCCGCGAAAGAAAGCGGCAGCCCCAAGCCCGCCCCUCCAGACAAGAGCUGCAGCAGCCCUCUAGGUGGCCGCAGCCCCCCUGAGAGGAAAGACACCCAUCCUCCUCGCGGCAGCCCCUCGCGUGGCACACCCGAUAAGGCCAGCCCCAGCCCCACGUGCAGCCCCCCUCGCCAAGGGGACAGCAGUCCCAGCCCCUGCGUCCCCAGCAGGCACGGCAACAGACCUCCACGAAGCCCCACCGACAGGCGCGUUAGCAGCCCCACAGUCAGCCUCCAAGGCAAACACAGCAAUAGCCCCAAGUGUAGCCCACCGCUCAGCCCCCCUGACAAAGGAGACACCAGCCCCUCCGUUAGUCCCCCUCAUAAAGAGAACAGUCCCGCUCGCAGCCCCCCCGGCAAGGAAAAUACCAGCCCCCUUCACUGCCUCUCCGAUAGGGACAAGGCCGUCAGCAGCCCCCCCAACAAAGGCAGCAGCAGCAGUAGCAGCCCCACGAGCAGCCCCCCUGAGAAGGGAGACACUCGCCCUUCUCGCAGCCCCCCUCACAAGCAAGGCUCCAGCCCCAAGCCCGGAGCAUAUGAGAAUUUCACUAGCUCCCCGCGCACCGCCCCAGACACCCGCGCCAACAGUCCCACGCGCAGCCCCUCCGGCAAGGGAGACGCCACACUUUGCAAGGUCAGCAGCCCCACUCGCAGCCCCCACGAGGAUCGCGGCAACAGCCCCCCCGGCGGCGCCAACAACAAGACCACCAACAGCCCCUCAGCCCUAAACAAGACCAGCAACAGUCCUUCAGGCAGCCCCUCCAGUAAGGUCUGCAGCAGCCCCCCAGGCCAGACCGGCAGCCCCUGUGGCAGCGAGGACAGCCGGCGCCUAAAGAGGAGGCACGGCAGUCCUCCGCGUGGCACCUCCGACAAGGCUUGCCGCGGCAGCCCCCCCGGCGCGGCAGCUCCCAGCUCCGGCCCCCCGGAGGCCAGGGCCGCCCCCGUCGCCCAGGCCAAGGUCCCCGCGGCUGAACCUACUCCAGGGGACGCGUCCAGCGAGGACCCUGUGGUAGUGUUUGAGAGGACCUGCAGCAGCCACGCCCGCUCCCCGCCCGUCCGCCGGCAGCCCCCCGAGCAGCCCCCAGCCCCCGCUCGCCCCGCUCCGCCGCCGCCGCCACCGCCGCCUCUGCCCCCCAGCAGCGAGGAGGAGGUGCUGAUCGUUGGCGAGGCGCCCCCCAGCAGCCAGAGCCAGGGUGUGUGUGGCCGGCCCCCCGGGGCGUGCAGGGACGAGGUCCCGCCAGGCGGCAGCAGCACCAGCAGCAGCAGCAAGCGACACGGGCGAGAGGAUGGGUUGGUGACGCGGCCAGAGGCGCCGCCAGCCCCCCGCCAUGAUACGGCAGCCCUCGGCCAGCCCACCCAUGCCCUGCACCACGCCCACGCCCACGCCCAGGCCCUCGCCCGCAGCGUGCUGAGCCCAGCACUGACCGUGUGUGUGACCAGCGCCCCGCCCGUCGCCACCGCCGCCGCCGCCGCGCCGCGCCCUACCUGGGCCGGCGAGGGCCACAGGGCGUUGGUGCCCGGCGCGGCGCGCAGUCACAGUCCUCACGGCGCAGAGGUGGCGGGCGUGGCCACGGGCGGCCGCGCCGUGACCAUCACCGCCACCAGCGGCCCCGGCCCCGCCUGCCCCUCCCGCGUGGCCUCGCCGCCCUCCGUCAGCAUCACGGCCGUGGUGCGCGGCCCAGCAGGCCUGCCCGACCCCGGCCACCAUGACGGGGCGGCGCCCCCCCUCACCCACCACCACCACCAUCACCACCACCACCACGCCCCUCACCAUCAUCAUCAGCAGCCCCCUCAGCCCCAGCAGCAGCAGCCGCCGCAGCACGCCACCGCCGCCGCCAGGAUGGACCACUGUGAUGGCAGCAGUGACAGCGGCGUGAGCGUCACCGAGCGCUCUGUGUCGCGCAGCUCCGUGCUCAGCGACGACCGAUCCUCCUCGGCGGAGGUCAAGCCCAACACGCCCACGCCCAGCGCCGCCGCCCAGCCCAAAACCGCCGCCGCCGCCGCCGCCUCGCUCUUCCUGGAUCGCAAGGAGCCUGUGCGUGUGUGGCGCGACCCUUCCUUGCUGAGCCAGAGUGAGACGGCCGUGCGGCACAUCCACAGCGUGCAGCACACCACCAUGGCACAGCACUUCUCCCCACACCUCGCCGCCGCCGCCGCCGCCGCGGCACCCGCCCCGCCCACCUCGGCAGCUGCCGUCGCUGCCGCAGCCGCAGCCGCAGCCCACGGGCCGGCGCACCACAGCCCGCACGGGCAGCCGCCACCAGCCUCCUUGGCUCACGGCAUGCCCCCCUCCCUGCCCUACCCCGCCCACCCCGCCGCCUCGGGCGCGGGCGUGCCGCCGCCGCUGCACCUUCCGGGGCUGCAGCAGCCGCUGGCGGGACUGUACCCGUCGCUGCCGCCGGAGAUGUGGAAGAGCCUGGCCCCCGUGCCCGGCCUGCCGCCCCACGCCUACCCCGGCAUCCUCAGCCACCACCCCGAGGAGCUGCUCCACCUGGAGCGGGCACGGGAACGAGAGAGGCAGGACCAGGAGCGGCUGCUUAGGGAGAGGAGAGAGGCAGAAGCAAGAGAAAGAGAAAAGGAACGGAUAAGCAAGGAAAAGAUGGAGCGAAGUGAAAGGGAGAGGAGAGAAAGGGAAGACAGGGAGAGGAGAGAGAAGGAGAGGAGAGAGAGGGAGGAGAAGGAGAGACAGCAGUACCAAGUGGACCAACAUUUCAACAAGUCUUUUCUCCUGGCCCAGCAAAAGCACGGAAGUGGACCUGCGGACUUGCUAGGGGGCCCCACCACCACCACCACCACCACCACCAUACCGCCCGACCACCUUGGGCAGACCUAUUUCCUAAGUGGCGGACUCAGCAACCACCACCACCACCAACAACAACAUCACCACAACAACCAACACCACCACCACAGCCACCACCAUCCACAACAACAACAACAACAACAACAACAACAACAACAACCACCACCACCACACCACCAUCAACAACAACACCACAGUCAACACCACCACAGUCAGCACCACCACCAAAAUCAUCACCACCAUCAACACCACCACCAAAACCACCACCACCACAAUUCUAUCCUCAUCUCCCAACAACAACAACAACAACAACAACAACAACAGUCUCACAAUAAAACUUACCAAGGCCCCGCUCAUUCCCAGAAGGUUGGUGGCGGGUGGAGUCAGAUUGGCAGCCUCAAGGAGCGCCUGGACCCCCAUGAGGAGCGGCAGCUGCUGGAGGAGCGGCAGCGGCAGCAGGAGGAGGCCGCCCGCCGCGCGCAGGAGCCGGAGAAGAUCGUCCAUGAAAGCAUCUAUAGGAUUUUUCGCGACACUGAUCGCCGCGAGCCGCCAGUGAAGGGACGCUACCCCCCGCCGGCCCACUCCAGCAAGCCGCCCCAGCCACCACUGCCGGAUAAGGUCCCAACGGCUGCCACUUUGCCGAAGCUGGCCGAGCCAAGCUUCAACUUGUCCGGCAACCUGUCCGGGUACGUGCCUGGCUACCUCAAGGAGCCGCCGCCGCCACAGGCUGCCAAGCUGCAUGACCGCGGCCCCUACAGUGGUGGCGGCAGCAGUGGCUACCAUGACCACCGGGAUAAGCCGUCAGUCAUCAUCCAGCCGGAGGCCAAGUAUGACAAGGGGCCGCCGCCGGCCAUGGCCCUCAGCCCCAAGCACCGGCCACCGGAGCGGGCCAGCCCCUACUCACCAUCCGUGUACAAACCCCACGACCCCACCGCCCCGCCCACCUCCGCCCCACCAGCAGCCCCCUCGGCUGCCACGUUGCACCGAAGCGUCGCCAGCCACCACCCGGCCGCUGCGCUGCCCCAUGGGGUGGAGCUGGCCAAGACCCGGCCACCGUCCUCGCCCCACGUUACCGCUGCCGCCGCCCACCCUGACCGUUACUACCCACCGGGCAGUGGGCGGCCGCCGCCCACCACCUACGCCUCCAGCCUCAUCGCUGCCGGCCUGGUGCCCAACCCCAUCCAUGUGUCCUCCGCCGUGGCCAAGGCCAAGGUCAGCUCUCCGCCGCCGCAGAUCUAUGGCAAGCCCGGCAUCACCACCGGCACCCCUGUGUGCCGGCCAGACACCCGGCCCAGCCAGGCUGUGGCCCUCACCAGCAAGGCUGUGGCCCCUGGGCCGCCGCCUGCACACUCCGGCCGCCCGGCGCAUGGGGAGAGCCGGCCGCCGCCGCCAUCGGCCCUGCCGCCUCAUGAGCAGCGGCCAUAUGAUGCACGGAUCUACCCACCGCCAGCCCCCUCGCCGCACCACAAGCAUGUGGUAGCCCCCGGUCCCCCCACGGCCGCCAGGCUGACCCCUGCCUCCUCCCCCCACCUGCCACCCCACCCUGCCCUGCCCCCCCAGCAGGCCCCCACCCAGACGCAGCCGCUGGACCUUAACACCCGGGAGGAUGCAGCCGCCUCUGCUGCCUCCCCCGCCAAGCGCCGCACCGCCACGCCCUCACCGCAGGACACCAAAAAGGCGCGGUAUGACCCGGCGGUGGUGGCAGCCACUGCCAGCCAGCCACCGCUGCUGUCCCGGGUGUCGGAGCCCAGCCCGCUGUACCCCACGGCGGCCACCACUAUCACCACUGUGGAGAACCCCGUGGCCCUGGUGGAUGGCCUGGCCCGCGGUGGCAGCCCUGCCUCCCGUCCACCCAGCCGGCCUCCGGCAGCCGGCACGCCCACCGCUACGCCGCCACAGCAGCCUCCACAACUGCCGUCACGCACCGAAAACUCGUCCCCUCCAGGCGGCCGGCCAGCCGCCACCGCUGCCGCCGAGCCAGAGAAAAGUGUGAGUCCCGGGCCGGUCGGCGGCUACGUCCACAAGCUCAAGAAGGCGUGGCUUCAGCGGCAUGAGAAUGCCGCUGAGCCACUGCUGCCCUCCUCUGCCGCCUCUGCCGCCGGCAGAGUCUCCACGCCGCCCCCCACCACGCCCAGCUCCAGCCCCCCUGCCAAGGCCUCCCCAGCGGGCACCGCUGCCAAGGCUGAGGCCAUCAAGCCCAGUCAGCGCAAGCCCAAGCCGCCCAACAACAUCCCCAACGGCCACGCGCAGGAGGCCGCCACAGCCGCCGCCGGCAGAGAUGAGUCCAGCUCCAGUGACACCGAGGGCAGCAACUCCCACGGCCCCGGCGGCCUGCGAGCCAAGCGCGGCAAGACCAAGCGCAAGCUGAAGAAACUCAAGCGUGCUGGUGGCGGUGGCGGUGGAGGUGGCGGCAGUGACACCAACAGUGACAGUGACAAAGACAGCGAUGGCAGUGAGGCUAAGGGCAGUGGCGGCCGGCCAGCCAAGGCCGACGCCGAGCCCAAGAAGCGCGGCCGCAAGCCCAAGACCAAGCAGGAGAAGGAGCGUGAGGAGGGCAGCGGCGGCGGCGGUGGCGGUGGCAGUGGCGGCAGCAGUGCCAGUGUCGGCCCCAAAGCCAAGAAGAUCCGUGAGGAUGCCCCCCCCGGUGACCCCCUGCAAAAGCCCCCGGUGGCCCACCUCAAGAAGACCGGCGAGAGCUUCCUGCAGGAUGGCUCCUGCUACGAGGUGGCCCCCAAACUGCCCAAGUGCCGGGAGUGCCGCUGGACGCCACACCAGCGCAACAAGAAGAUGCCAAACAUAUUCUGCCGCUUCUACGCCUUCCGCCGCCUCCGCUACACCAAGAACGGCCAGCUGGCGGUGGCCGGCUUCUCUGACCCCAUCAAGGACGCCUUCGGGGACGACCUCAAGCUGUGGCUGCCGGAGGUGGACAACCCACCCACUGACCUGGAUGUGGACACCAGCAAGUUCCUGCUGACACAUGUCGGUGACCAGUUCUGUGACCUGGUGGAGCAAGAGAAGGAGGCCAUGGCCCUGCACAUGGGAGAUGACACGGUGGUGGCAUGGAAGCGAGUGGUUCAAGGCGUGCGUGAGAUGUGCGACGUCUGCGAGACCACUCUCUUCAACAUCCACUGGGCCUGCAGCAAGUGUGGCUUUGUGGUGUGCAUCGACUGCUACAAAGGCCGCAAGAAUGGGACCGUCAAGGUGUGGGACGAGGGCGGCAAGGACCGGGACGAGUACUCCUGGCUGCUUUGCGCCUCCCGCCUUCCACACGAGCAGGACAAGCUGAUGCUGACACAGAUCAUCUCCGGCAAUGCCCUGCUGGACCUGGGGCGUAAGGUGCACUACGGGCGGCACCAGUGGAGCAUCCCGCAGUACUGUGAGUGCGCCGAGGCCAAGCGCUACAAGGAGCAGGCGCAGGAUGACAAGAAGAAGGUGAACGGUGUCAACAAGGAAUUGCUCAAGACCAUCAAGAAGGAGCCCAAGGUGGAGCUGGUCAACGGCGCCGUCAAGACAGAGAAGGUCAACAACGGCAAGGAGGAGGAAGAAAUGUCCAACUCGCCCCUCAACUUCUUCGCCGAUGUGGCACUCUCCAACGACAAGAGGGAAAGUGAGAGCUCCGAUUCAGACUCCGACUCCGACUCUGAUGAGAAGGAAGGCAACUUUUCCACGCUGCGCAAACUGCUCAUUCAGCCCAAUGGCAACACCAAGGAGGAGUCCAGCCCGGCGACGGCAGCGACAGCACCGGCGGCCAGCACGCGGCCGGCCAAGGAGAGCAGCAAGAAGCGACCAAAGCUGGACACGGUUGACGAAGUGAUCUCGUCCGUCAUAGACAACUCAGACAAGGACGACAGCAAGGACAACAACCAGAUGGUGCUCAAACACUUCAUCAGAAAGUACAACUAUGGUCAGCGAGGCCGCGAUCCGUUGCCGAUCCGCAUCAUGACCAAGACGGAGAGCAGCCUCCUGUAUCCCGGCGUGGCCCACUCCUGGCUGUGCGACGGCAAGCUGCUGCGCCUGCUGGAGCCGCUGGCACCCGGCAACACCCCUCUCUUCCAGGACCAGUGGAAACGCGGCCAGCCCGUCAUCGUCUCCGGGGUCGGCCAGAAGCUCAAUCCUGACCUCUGGACGCCGCACUCCUUCUCCAAGGACUACGGCGACAUCAAGAACGACCUCAUCAACUGCCUCACCGGAAACAUCGUGCCCAACCAGCCCAUGCGCAAGUUCUGGGAUGGCUUCGAGAACUACGGCAAGCGGCUCAAGGAUGACAAGGGUCAGCCCAUGGUGCUCAAGCUCAAGGACUGGCCGCCGGGUGAUGACUUCGCCGAGAUGCUGCCGUCCAGAUUCGAGGACCUGAUGAGCGUCCUGCCGAUGGGCGAGUACACGCGGCGCAACGGGCGCCUCAACCUGGCCGGACGACUCCCCGAGGGAUUCGUGCGGCCGGACCUCGGGCCCAAGAUGUACAUUGCCUACGGCUCCGCCAUCCACCCCAACCGCGCCUCCACCAACCUCCACCUCGACAUCUCCGAUGCCGUCAACGUCAUGUGCUACGUGGGCGUGCCUAAAGACGCUGACUACCAGGAGCAUGUCAAGGAGGCACUCAAGGCCAUCGAUGAGGCUGGCUGCGACAUCCUGACCCGGAGGCGUGUGAGGGAGAAGGAGGAGGUGCCGGGGGCGCUGUGGCACAUCUACCACGCUCGGGACUCCGACAAAAUACGUGAUUUGCUCAACAAGGUGGCCAUCGAGCGCGGGGACAAGCUCGAGCCACACCACGACCCCAUCCACGACCAGGCUUGGUACCUGGACGGCCCCCUCAGGGAGCGCCUCUACAAGGAGUACGGCGUGGAGGGCUACGCCAUCAUCCAGUGCCUCGGCGACGCUGUGUUCAUACCUGCCGGGGCGCCACACCAGGUCCGUAACCUCCACAACUGUGUCAAGGUGGCAGAGGACUUCGUGUCGCCGGAGAACGUGUCGUACUGCUUCCACUUGACGCAGGAGUUCCGCCACCUCAGCGACACCCACACCAACCACGAAGACAAGCUACAGAUCAAGAACAUCAUCUACCACGCCAUGAAGGACUCCAUGGCGUGCCUCAUGGCCGUCAGCAAAGAAUGCCAGGUCAAGACAGAGGAGACGAGUGAAGCCGCUGCCGCCCCGCCGAGCACUGCCACAGACAAGAAAGUGAGCGAAGCAGACUCAUGAAAGUGAAUCAGAGUGACUAGUGUAAGACUUUAAGUGUUUCCUGGUGGUGGCGGCGGCUGUGUUGUGCGGCGUCGCUGUACGUUAAGUUUUUUGGAAAGUGAUCUGUGUCUGGUGACGAUUUUUUUCUUCAGUGAUGUGACGUAAAGAUUGUCCAGCGAGUGAGUGAGUGAGUGAGACCGACAAACAAUUGUAAGAACAGACAAUAAGAGACGCAUGCUCAUGAACGCUCCUUCGGCUCCGACAGUGAAGUGAAACGUUUCCUAAUUUCAAGUGCAAAUAAACUAUUCCACUUUGAAUCGUAAGAGACAGACAAAACAUGCGUGGCCUCGAGGUCUCCGCCGAGUCAUGCCGUGCACACACGCGUACACACAUACAUACACACACAUCCAACUACCACACACUAGACAAAUAAACCUGAGUCCAUUUCCUUUUUGAUGUUUAUUAACAAAGACAAGCUAAGGUUAAGUAGCGGACUAUGGUGGUACGAUGAUGGCGCUGUUAUAAUUUAUUAAUCUUAUGAUGUACUAAUCACAGUGGAUCUAACUCUUAAGAACAUUAAUAUCUGUAUCUAUGGUGUACUUAAACAUGCCAGCGAUGCAACGGACUAGCCGAGGCCGUGGCUGGGCGGCCCCGGGGCCCAGCGUCGGGCUGCGCGGCGGCACGCCCUCGCUUCGGCACUCGGGGCGGCUCGGCGAGUGACGUGCGGCACUGGUAGGAGGAGAGACUGACCCCACUGCCUGUUUCCAAAACUCUCCCUUCUGAGCUAUUUCUUUGGUGAACACCUCGUGUCGUCCCUAGCAGUCUCUGUAUUGUCUUGCACACAAACACACGUACGUACGAAUUUUGCAAGUGAGCCUCCUGGCCUGGCUGUGCCCUGUGGUGGGGUGCAGCAGCAGCGGCGGCUACGGCCAGAGUGUGAGGGUGUGAGGGAGGGAGACAAGUCCCACCACCACCACAACGACCCUCACCCUGCCCUCCCUCCCCCCCCUCCCGGGCAGCUUGCAGCCAUGUCAUUAUUUUUGUUCAUUUUGUACAAUGAUCUCAUUGUUGGUGUAAAUGUGCGUAGUGUUGAGGGAUGGAUGUUAACUUGUAGGACGACGGCGACGGCGUCCUGGCGCCGCCUGACCCGCUGCCGCCGCCGCGUCGUGUUGUUAUCCUCGUUAUAUUACAACGGAAAGAAACUUAAAUUACAUAAGGAAUCUGUGUUUACUGACAAGCAGAAGAAUGAUGGAAAUAUGUAUUACUAAGGAGAAAAUUCUUUUGACUAAGAAUAAGAAUGACAGAUUUGUGUUUACUAAGAAGAGUAAUGAUGGAAUCUUGUGUUUACUGAUGGAGGUAAGAAUAAUGAAUUUGUGUUGACUAAGUUGAGGAAGGAUAAUGGAAUCUGUGUUGACUGUGAGGAGAAACGUGUUGACUGUGAGGAGAAACACUGAUGAUGAUGUUGACAGAAUGCAGUUAUGAUGGAAAAACAUUUAAAUCAACUAAAUAGUUGUCUGGUGAACACACACACGUGAUAUUUAUGAAUGAAAGGCGGCAUCUUGUGGCUGCCAAUGACUUCUUUGUAUUAAAAAAAACUACAGCAAAAAAAAAAAAAAACUUCCCAUAAGCAGAAGGUAAUUUAUUUGCUUGUAAGAUGUUGUUGGGCGGAUGUAGAGAUGAUGUACAUUGUGUAGGCUUGUAGACAGACCCUAAGCCUAGCCUCGCCCCGUGCGUGACGGCCGCCGCGAGCAAGAGUGCGGCCAGUGACUACGUUUUUGUACUGUCGAUAUGUAAAACACCACAAUUUGAAUAGUAAAAAUGAUGCCAUAAAC